AUGGCACUCCAAACUGAGACAAUCUUGCAGCCCUCUGCACCAAAUCCUGGGGUUAUCGAUAUUGAUAAGCAGACAGACUUCGCGGACACGGAUGGCGACUCAGUCAACAGCAUUGGCGGCGGAUCGUCGUUUGGAACCUCGCUCUCCUCCUCAAUCCUAGAAUAUAGAUACGAAAAUGGAAGAAGAUAUCAUGGAUACAGGAACGGUUCUUACAUGUUACCAAAUGACGAGGCCGAACAGGAACGACUCGAGUUACAUCACCACAUUUUCCGCCUCGUACUAGGUGGUCGCCUCUUCCGAGCACCCAUUACCGCCAAGCCGAAGAGAGUGCUGGAUUUUGGGACGGCAACGGGUGCAUGGGCCAUGGACUUUGCUGACGAGUUCCAAUCCGCCACCGUCAUCGGCAAUGAUCUGAGCCCCAUUCAACCAUCUUGGGUACCUCCCAAUUGCAAGUUUUAUGUCGAUGAUGUUGAAAGCGAAUGGGUGUAUACACCAAACGAGGCAUUUGAUUUUAUCCACGCGCGGGGGAUGGGCGGGAGCAUAAAGGACUGGAACAUGCUGUAUAACCGUGCACUCCAGCACCUGAAGCCUGGCGGCUGGAUCGAGAUGCAAGAGUACGAAGCGUGGGUUUCCUCCGAUGAUGACCCCACGCUUAAGAAGUGUCCCAAUACUGCCCGCUGGCUAGCCCUGCUAGACGAAGCGAGUGUAAAAUUUGGAAAACGCAUGAAUGUUGCUCGCGAACAGAAGCAGCAUUUGAUUGACGCCGGUUUCAAGGAUGUUCGGGAUGAUGUAUACAAGGUCCCAAUGGGCACAUGGCCCUAA